AUGAGUGUAACACACAAUGAUAGCAAAAUAUAUGAACAGUCACUAAAAAUUACGAAAAAAAUUAAAGAAAAAAUAGUGAAUAGAAAAGGAACUAAAGAAGAUUUUAAAGAAAUCAAAGUAAAAAAUGUCUCAUCAAAAUUUAUUGAACGCAAUUUUAAGAUAAUAUCAUUGUCAUUAGGAUACUUUAUUAAUACCUUCUUCUAUUUUACCUUUUGUUUUGUUUUAAAUCAAAUUAUUUCCAAGUAUAUAUAUGCCAUCUUAUCUCCAUUAUCACACUAUGAUUAUGGAAAUAGUCUCUUGGCAGAAUCAAUCAAGGCAACGCUUAUUCUCUUAUUGUGGUUUCGGUAUAUUUCUGCUGGGUACGAUGGAGAUCCCUUUUUUCAUUUUUUCAAGAGCAGACUCAAUCUCAUAAGCAGAAAUGAAGCGAAGGUAAUCUUCAUUUCGAACCUUAUUGGAACCUGCACACACCUGCUAGCGGUCAAAUUAAUUCUUGGGACAGGAACGCAUACCCACCCCGUGAGCACCAGCAUUAUUGAAAGAAUUCAACAAGGAACAGUCACAAAAAAUAAUUCCAUUCUUACUGCAUUUGUGUAUCCAAAUGUGUCGAUCGUUAUAAAAGAAUUUCUUAUUCAAUUCAUUAUUUUGACAUGUCCGUAUACUAAUAACGCAAAUAAAUAUCAUAACAAAACAUUUUCCAUGAACACAGAUUUGUAUUCAUCUAUUGUCAUGGAUACAUAUUUAAAUGAGUUAAUUUGUUCCUUUCUAAGUUAUACAUUACUAUAUAUUUACCUCUUUACAAAAGACAACUUAUCAUAUGCGUUAGAAGUGAAUCUAAUAUUUACACAAGUCAUAUCUCUAUUUUCUACUAGAUGCACAAAUGCUGUUAGCGGCCCAUUUAUGAGCUUGAGUUGGAUUUUAAAUGAAUUUGUUUUAAAAAAAUAUCAUUAUUGUUUUUUCCUUUUUUUAAUGAUUUUUCACUAUUUUGGCUAUAAAUUAGCUAGCCUCCUUCUGGGACCACCGAAUCUAUCCCUAAUAGAUGCAACAAACUACUACAAAAAUGUUAAGCAGGAAACUUUGCAAAAAUAUACACACACAGAAACUGGACGAGUGAACAUUUCACUCAUACCAAAUACAGUAGUAACACAUACAUCCCUUGUGGAUAGUUAUCUUGGUAGACUUUUCCAGAAAUGUUACAACACAUGCAUGGGUACUUCCCACGGAAAGAAGACAAUCUAG